UCCCACAGUUCCGGGAGCGUCUGAAUGCAUCAUAUCACGUGACAUCAUCUGUCAGCUCAGAGGAGGAACAGUAACAUGGCGGUGUGCAUAGCAGUGAUCGCUAAAGAGAACUACCCGCUGUAUAUCCGCAGCGUGCCCACUCAAAAUGAGCUGAAGUUUCACUACACAGUCCACACCUCUCUGGAUGUGGUGGAGGAGAAGAUCUCAGCUGUGGGUAAAUCUUUGGGAGACCAGAGAGAGCUGUACUUGGGUCUGCUUUAUCCCACCGAAGACUACAAAGUAUAUGGGUAUGUCACCAACUCAAAGGUUAAAUUUGUCAUUGUUGUGGACUCCUCGAAUACAUCAUUACGGGACAACGAAAUAAGAAGUAUGUUCAGAAAAUUGCACAACUCCUUCACAGAUGUGAUGUGCAACCCCUUCCACAAUCCAGGGGACCAAAUUCAGUCCAAGGCUUUUGAUGGCAUCGUAUCUGGAAUGAUGGUGCAAACUGGCUGACGGAACUUCUUUCAUCUGAACCUCCACUGUACAAAACCUUAUCCUAAUGAUUUGUUUACAUGUUGCCUUGAUUUAAUGAAAUGCAUAAGUAAUAAAAUGUCAUUGAUGUAUCACA